AUGUACCGCGACCUGUGCACGUGGCGGUGGUUUGACGCUGAGUACGACAACGGGACGCUGACGUCACACUACCCCUACGGCGCGGAGCCGCUGCUGCUGGAGCUGCUGCUGAUGAGCGGCCACAGGACGCUGGACCCCGGGGAGGCGGACUUCUUCUACGUCCCGCAGCUGCUGACCUGCUGGAUGCACCCCGUCAGCGGCUGGGCAGACUACCCCUGGUGGUAUGUCGACUCGUGGAGCCGCGUGUCGCACGCCGUCAUGAUGACUCACGAGCUGCUGACCUGGGUGAAGACCGCCCACCCCUACUGGAACCGCACCGGCGGCGCCGACCACAUCUGGCUGUUUGCUCACGAUGAGGGCGCCUGCUGGGCGCCCACUGAGGUGUACCAAAACUCGAUCAUCCUGACGCACUGGGGCCGCCUCGAUCCAGACCACGCAAGCGGCACGAGCUACGGCCCGGACAACUACACGGCUGACGUGCUAGAUGACCCGUUUAAUCCGAAGGGCUUUGUCCGCCUCAUCAGGGGCCACGCCUGCUACACCCCCGGCAAGGACCUGGUCAUUCCCCUUUUCCGGGGGGCCGACAGGUUCCGCGCGUCACCCUACCUGGGGGCGCCCCAGCCAGAGCGGACUACCCUGCUCUUCCACCGCGGCCGCAUGGGCGAGAAGGAUGGCCCCGCCUUCAGCCGCGGCGUGCGCCAAAAGUUGGCUAGGCUGUCAAAGGAGCAGAGCUGGCUGUCGCGCUACAACAUCAGCAUUGGAGGUUACGACGAGAUUACGGGGGACUACAGCGAGCUGCUGGCGCGGAGCGUCUUCUGCUUGGUCGCAGCAGGCGAUGGCUGGAGCGCGCGCUUCGACGACGCGAUGCUGCACGGCUGGUGA